CCUCCAUCCAUCCGUCUACCCUCCGUCCAUCCAUCUUCUUCGUCGACGUUUCACCUGUGCAGCAACACGGCUUCCCUGGAGGCCAUCGCGUUUGGCGCGCCUGCCGCCCUUGUAGGGUCGCCCCGCGGCGAUGGCAGACUUCGGUUUCCGCUUCCGCUUCCGCUUCCCCUCCCCUGGCCCCUAGGACGGCUCAAGGGCAUCGCAUGUCGACCCAAGGGGCACAAGAGACAGCCCAUGCAUGCGCAUUCUUCGAAUAGGGCCGAGGGUCAGUGAGCGCCUUCCUCUGCAGGGUCACCAAGAAGGGAACGUCAAGCUGGUCGAACGCCUCGCCCGUUAAGCCGACGAAGAUGUGCAAAGUGCAACCGUUCGCUUGUGUCCAAAAUUUAGGCUUGACGCCAGGUAUGGUGCAUCAAUUCAGGCUUGAUCAACAGGUUGAUUGCGCCCCUUGACGUUCGUUUGGGGUGUUCUGCAGACCUGAUCACCCAGCCCUACUCAAUGUAUUCAAGUAUAUCUGGACAGGCACACUGUUUCCUGCUUCUCCUCGAGCUGACAGGCGGCGCCGCGGAGAGUCUGCGAGCCGACAGCCCGCAGUCUCAUGUGCCGCGAGUCCGAGGGGAUGCAGCGUGGCUUCCGGUGUGGGAGAAGGAUGGGGAACAUUUCGGAUACUCCCCCUGUGGAGGGACGUGCCCGACUUCAGAGCAGAGCGGUGGAGCGAGGUGCUCUGGCCGCCGGCGGACAGCCCGCUCGGCAGAACUUUCCGCGCCAGCGGCGCUGUACCGCGUGCGGUGGCACCCUCUGGAGGAGGAGGCCCGCUUUGUGUAAGCCUGCCUAGACCUCCUUCCGUACUCCUCUCGGGGACCUGGCGGGUCGCUCGCGGGAGGAGGAGGAGGAGUGCGAAGACAGGAUCUCUCGCCUUGAGUGCCGGCAGCCCUUCGCGAUCCCGCCCAUUCCAGCAUGUUCUCUCCUCCCCAUCCUGCAACCUCUUCGCGUUUCCCACCCUAGGCUACGUUGCGCAGCUGCUGCCGCCAUCCAAGUUCGUGCUGCGUCGUGAAUACGAGGCCGUCCUGUAGCUCCAUGCAGACCAUAUUAACCUGAUGGCUGUCUUGGCCGAGCUGGGGACACUGCAUGCUGUCCCUCGUUCACCUGCUUGCCCUUGUCUGCAGGCCAAAACUUAUUAUGAUCCCCGUCUGGUUGGCGAUGCCUCGAGGUUGAGAUGCUCUUCUCGAGGAUCAAGAAGAUCCGUGCCAGUGUGUCCUAGCAGAAGGCC